AUGCCUUGUGCACCGACAUCAGAUGAGUUGGUUUUCUUUGUGAAUGGGAAGAAGGUGAUAGAAAGGAAUGUGGACCCUGAAGUCACGUUGCUGACAUACCUGCGAGAGAACUUACGCCUCACCGGGACCAAGUACGCCUGCGGAGGAGGAGGCUGUGGCGCCUGCACAGUGAUGGUGUCUCAGCAUGACCCGGACUCCAGGAAGAUAAGACACUUCUCCAUCACUGCAUGCCUGGUGCCCAUCUGCUCUCUUCAUGGAGUGGCUGUCACCACCGUAGAAGGUAUAGGAAGUAUCAAAACCAGGCUUCACGCUGUGCAGGAGAGGAUCGCCAAGAGCCACGGCACCCAGUGUGGGUUUUGUACUCCUGGAAUGGUGAUGUCCAUGUACACACUGCUAAGAAAUCACCCUCAGCCCUCAGAAGAGCAGCUCAUGGAAGCCCUGGGGGGAAACUUGUGCCGCUGCACUGGCUAUCGACCCAUUCUCGACAGUGGGAAGACCUUCUGUGUGGAGUCCAGUGGCUGUCCACAGAAAGGCACAGGAAAAUGCUGCUUGGACCAGGGAGAACAUGAUUCUUCCUCACCCAACACAGAAAGUGACAUUUGCACAGAAUUAUUUGUGAAAGAAGAGUUCCAGCCUUUGGACCCUACCCAGGAGCUCAUAUUUCCUCCAGCACUCUUGAGAAUGUCAGAGAAGCCAGAAAAAGAAACCCUGAGCUUUCACGGAGAAAGGGUCACCUGGAUCUCUCCUGGGACCCUCAAGGAUCUCCUGACUCUAAAAGCAAAGUACCCGGAAGCUCCUCUCAUUCUGGGGAACACUUCCCUGGGCCCUGCAAUGAAAUCUCAAGGACAUUUUCACCUAGUUCUCCUUUCCCCUGUGAGGAUUUCUGAGCUGAGAAUGGUAUCUGAGACAAGUGAUGGUCUGACAAUAGGUGCUGGAUGCAGUCUGGCCCAGGUAAAGGACAUCCUGGCAGAGAAGAUUUCCCAACUCCCAGAGGAGAAAACUCAGACAUACCAAGCCCUGUUGAAGCACCUGAAGACCCUGGCAGGCCAGCAGAUCCGGAAUAUGGCAUCCUUAGGGGGACAUAUCAUAAGUCGGCAUGACUACUCAGAUCUGAAUCCAAUCCUGGCUGUGGGCAAGGCUACGCUGAACCUGGUAUCACAAGAUGGCUCAAGGCAGAUUCCUCUGGAUGAGCAAUUCCUUGCGGGUUUAGCAAGUGCUGACCUGAAGCCAGAAGAAAUCCUGGCCUCUGUGUAUGUGCCUCAUUCCCAAAAGGGGGAAUUUGUGGCUGCCUUCCGACAGGCUCCAUGCCAACAGAACGCCGUGGCCGAUGUGAACGCUGGCAUGCGAGUCCUCUUCAAAGAAGGCACAGAUGCUAUUGAGGAACUGAGCAUUGCCUAUGGCGGGGUGGGGAUAGCCACCACCUGUGCCCAGAAGACCUGCCAGCAGCUCCUGGGGAGGCGCUGGACCAAUGUGAUGCUAGACGAAGCUUGCAGGCUGCUUCUAGAUGAAGUCUCCAUCCCAGGCGGGGCUCCCGGGGGCAGAGUGGAGUUCAAGAGGACCCUGCUGGUCAGCUUCCUCUUCAAGUUCUACCUCCAAGUGCUGCAAGAGCUGAGGAGGCCUGACAGGCUAUCCUCCUUGCCUGUAAGUACAGACAACUAUCACUAUCCUGAAAUAUCAAAAAAAUAUCUAAGUGCUCUAGAAGAUUUCCAGAUGACAAUGCCCCAGGGAGUCCAAAGGUACCAGAGUGUGGAUUCUCGCCAACCUCUCCGAGAUCCAGUUGGACGCCCUGUCAUGCACCUCUCUGGUCUGAAACAUGCCACCGGAGAAGCCAUAUUCUGUGAUGACAUCCCCAAGAUGGAUAGAGAACUUUUCAUGGUUUUGAUGACCAGUACCAGAGCACAUGCCAAAAUCAUAUCAACUGAUUUCUCUGAGGCCCUUGAACUCCCAGGGGUGGCUGAUGUGAUAACAGCUGAUGAUAUUCCAGGAGCCAAUGGUGUUGAAGGAGACAAAUUAUUGGCUGUCAAUGAGGUGCUUUGUGUGGGCCAGAUCAUCUGUGCUGUGGUUGCAGAGACUGAAGUGCAGGCGAAGAGAGCAAUUGGAAAGAUAAAGGUCACCUAUGAGGACCUGGAGCCAGUCAUCUUCAGCAUUGAGGAUGCCAUCAAACACAGUUCAUUCCUCUGCCCUGAGAAGAAACUUGAACAAGGAAACAUUGAAGAGGCAUUUAAAAACGUUGAUCAAAUUGUUGAAGGAGAGGUUCAUGUAGGAGGACAGGAACACUUCUAUAUGGAAACGCAGCGGGUGCUUGUGAUUCCAAAAACAGAGGACAAAGAACUGGACAUUUAUGUAUCAACACAGGAUGCAGCACAUGUGCAGAAAACAGUGGCUUCCACUUUAAACAUCCCCAUCAACAGAGUCACAUGCCAUGUGAAGCGGGUAGGUGGAGGCUUUGGUGGAAAGGUGGGGAGACCCGCUACUUUUGGGGCUAUUGCAGCUGUAGGUGCUUUCAAAACUGGUCAUCCCAUUCGACUUGUUCUUGAUCGUGAAGAUGACAUGUUAAUAACUGGAGGAAGACACCCAUUGUUUGGAAAAUAUAAGGUGGGAUUCAUGAACAAUGGCCGAAUCAAAGCUCUGGACAUCGAGUGCUUCGUUAAUGGAGGGUGCACACUGGAUGACUCGGAGUUGUUAAUAGAAUUCCUGGUAAUGAAACUGGAAAAUGCGUAUAAGAUUCGCAACCUCAGGUUGCGGGGCCACGCCUGCAAGACAAACUUACCGUCCAACACAGCCUUUCGAGGUUUUGGAUUCCCACAAGGAGCCCUGGUGACAGAAUCAUGCAUCACAGCAGUGGCAGCCAGGUGCAGCCUUCUCCCCGAAAAGAUUAGGGAGAAAAACAUGUACAAAACUGUUGAUAAAACCAUCUAUAAACAAGCAUUCAACCCCGAGAACAUGAUAAGAUGUUGGAAUGAAUGUCUGGACAAGUCUUCCUUUCACAGCAGAAGAAAGGAAGUGGAAGAGUUCAACAAGAAGAACUAUUGGAAGAAGAGAGGCAUUGCUAUUGUCCCCAUGAAAUUCUCAGUUGGAUUUGCUGCAACGAGCUACCAUCAGGCAGCUGCCCUUGUUCACAUCUACACAGACGGAUCUGUCUUGGUCACACAUGGAGGAAAUGAACUGGGACAAGGAAUUCACACCAAAAUGCUACAGGUGGCCAGCCGUGAGUUGAAAAUCCCCAUGUCCCAUAUACACAUCUGUGAGACCAGCACGGCCACAAUUCCCAAUACCAUCGCUACUGCAGCAUCCAUUGGUGCCGAUGUCAAUGGCAGGGCUGUCCAGAAUGCAUGUCAGAUCCUUCUAAAACGCCUUGAGCCAGUCAUUAAGAAAAACCCCGAAGGCACAUGGGAAGACUGGAUAGAAGCUGCUUUUGAACAAAGAAUCAGCCUUUCAGCCACUGGAUACUACAGGGGCUACAAGGCCUUCAUCGACUGGGAGAAGGGGGAAGGAGACCCUUUUCCAUACUAUGUCUACGGGGCUGCCUGUUCAGAGGUUGAAAUUGAUUGUCUAACCGGAGCUCAUAAGAAAAUCAGAACAGACAUUGUCAUGGAUGCAUGUUGUAGCCUCAAUCCAGCCAUUGACAUCGGGCAGGUUGAAGGCUCUUUUAUUCAGGGAAUGGGCCUUUACACAACUGAAGAACUGCAAUAUUCCCCAGAAGGCGUCCUGCACUCUCGAGGCCCUGAUGAGUACAAGAUCCCCACGGUCAUGGACAUCCCAGAAGAGUUCAAUGUCUCCCUGUUGUCAUCAUCGACCACCCCACUGACCAUCUAUUCUUCCAAGGGGCUGGGAGAGUCGGGGAUGUUCCUGGGGUCAUCUGUGUUCUUCGCAAUCACUGAUGCAGUGGCAGCAGCUCGAAAGGAGAGAGAUGCAGCCGAGAACUUGGUCGUGAGGAGUCCUGCCACCCCGGAGCAGGUCCGAAUGGCCUGUAUGGAUCGGUUCACAGAAAUGGCAUACCUGGAUAAUGUAGGACUAAGAAGAGUCUUCCGUGAGUACCUAAACAGUACUGACCUUACGUCUCACCAGCUCCACAUAGCAGUUACCAAACUGCACCUGAGUCCCACUUGA